AUGGAGCGACUCCUUCGCUACUCACGGGUUGGACACAUGGUUCGUCUCAUCGAGCUCGAGGCAAUAGUCAACGACAGCCCGUCGUUCGCGGAUGCACUCGUAGCUGCCUCAGUCGCCCUUGUGAUCUACGACAUACUUCUCAUUAUCGGUAACGGGGUUCGUAUGGAUCCACAAUUAAAGGGAUAUAUCGUCGACCUCAUCCUCCAGGUCGAGCUCUUAUGGACAAACUGGUGGAGUAUUCUCAAGCUGUUCUACUUCCUGGAAUACGAGCUCGGAGUGCGGGGUCGUCGAUUCCGCUUAAAUGCACCGACGACAUUCGCCAGCAUUGGCAUAGACGGCAACUUUCUGGCACUUAUCAUCAUCUCUGGACUUUUUUCAUCCGGUAUGCUUUUUACCCAUGCUGAUCUCCGCCGUAACGCGACCACGGCCGAGUGGCAUGGGGAACGUGCCGUACUCAGUCAGGCAAUUCCCAUCUUUCAAUGUCUUAGGAUGGGACUGCAUGAGAAUGGAGGAAUUCUUGGACGCAAGCACAAUCUCUGUGGCGUUGUCAAAGAACUGGGACUUCCACCUGGGUUUAAAGGGAGAAAGACAUUACGGGAGCGGUGGGACGAGGACUGA